AUGUGGAGGCGGAAAUCAAAAACACUAACGCAAUCACCUGAUCUUGUGGAAGAUAUAGAAGUCAGUGUACAAUUGUCUCCUCAACUGAAACAAACUUGUUUACCCACCAAAUGUUUGCCAAGCUCUAGUGAUUGGCAGAAAUGUGCAGAUUCUUUUUCAGGACUUCAUCCUUUACCAGAAAGAGGCAAGAAGAGAAAACGUCACUGUGUUUCAGCAUUACAACAUGAAGCAGCAGAAAAAAAAUCAAAUAAAUCUCAAUCUGCAAAAGAAUUUGGAAAAGAUGAAAUUAUGUGGAGCUCAAGUGAUGAAGAUGUGCCUCCAAGCCAGGUUAUUCGAAGACAAAAAUCCCAACCGCAGCAGAAGGUACAACGCCAAAUCCUGGCGACAUCCACUCAUACUGCUUGGCCAACAGAACUUUGUAACAGCUUGCCGAGACAGAACAUGCAAACCAAAUUCAGGACAUCAUGUAAGAAAAUACCAGCAGAUGACCAGGAAACAAGCUGGCAGCAUCGGAAACAUGCAAAAUUAUUGACAAAAAAACUUCAUCCUGAUGAAGAAACUAAUUUUGAUGUACAAGAGUUUGAUGAUUCAGAUGAAGAUUUUAUUUCAAAACAACAUGAAGUACAAAAAUCUAUCACAAUUGACACAUUCAGUUCAGAUGAAGAAAGCCUUGCUAUUGGUUGUACAUCUCCCAACUCAUCUCCAAUAGAUGAACAGGUGUCAAACUCUUGUUCAAGGUCUGAUAUGGAUAUCUCAACAUGGUCAUCUUCAAAUUUCAGUGGGGAAUGUGCAGCCACAGAUGGUGGAGGUCGGAAAACAAGUGAGUGGUUGCAGGCUCUGCAGAUGAUGGAGACUAGUAACAUGUUUGGCUCAGUGAAAAAGAAACGAAGACACAAAUACAAAAAGGAUGGAUUGGCCAAAAAAUUGUCUCGUGUCAUUUCUAGAGAAAAGACAGCAAUGAAUAUUUGGUUAUAUCAACAAUCAUUGUUAAAUGACCAGAAGAACAUCUUGACAGCAUGUGUGCAUAGAUUUUUCCGUAAGUUUCGAAUGGUUAUUGCCUUAUGCUCUUUGGGAACACUCUCCAAAAAUCAUGAGUGGACACCAAAAAGUGGAGAAUCACGCCAAACUGUUCUUUUUAGCCGUAGUGUAUUUAAAAUUCUCAAGCUUCAGGCAGGUAGCGUUAUUCGCAUAUUUCCUCCAUGGCAGGAGAUGUUUUUGCCUUACACUGGUGAAAAAAUAUUACUAUGUACAUAUUACUGUCGGAAGGUGGAGCCAUUACCAUAUGUGUAUGAUAUGAUGGACAAUCCAUACUUAGGUUUGAGUAGAAUGGUCUGUAAGUCAUUUUACUGGAACUGUCCUUGUUCAACUUCAGAUGGUCCCCUCAGGUACUGUCCAGCUUCAACUUGUCCAGUUCUUACUAAAUAUCCAAGGAUACAGACUGGUGUCUCAAGUGAAGUCUUUGUUAACAAGCAGACGUCAGAGCCUUCAACUUCUCUCACUGUGGUUUGUGUGAUGACAGAAAAUGCUGCUACUGGAGAAGCCAGAACCAUUCUAAGCAGCAUCCAGGAAGCACCCAUCUCCUUCCAACAGGGCCUUUGUUUUCAGGCGAUGGUUCUGCGAAUAUUCUGCUCUCAUAAUCCCUCAGUGCUAAACAUGAAGAAAUGUCGCCAAAAUGUACAAAGCUGGUCAGUUUUAGUGGAAGAUAGCCAGGGCACUGUAUGCAUUGUCCGUAUCCCAGAACAAAAAACAGGAUCCAAGAACUCAUUGACUCAACUGAUUCAGUCAGCUGAAGGUGAAACCUGGAAUUUCUUUGGGCUUCGUGUUUUUAGUCGGUCGAACAGACACAAAGAUCCUGCUCUCUUCUCUCUCAUUGACAAAGUGUGGAUAUAUCCAUCACAUCAGAAUGAGUCACCUAAGUCCAGUAGUGAAAGUGACCAUGUAAUUACUGCUCAAAUGAAACCAGGCUUCUGUUAUGUAACAGGUCAUUCUGGGUAUAUAGGGGUUGAAAGUGGAGUGCUACCUUACAAAAACACUUUCAUCCUUGAUGAACCAGUUGCCCAACCCAAACUCUUGUUGCGGAUUUCAACUCUGAAAGAAAUAAAGCAACAGGAUAAUGAUACCGGCAGGAUGAGGUUGACAUUUAUUGCCAAAAUUUUCUAUCUGAGAUCAAAGUCCAAAGAACCUCAGCAAGAAAAUCAAUCUGUUGUUGGGGCCAAUGCCAAUGCCAAAAUGGUUCUCUUUCUAAGUGAUCCAAGUGUCAGUGAAGAACCUUACAGUCACAAUUAUAUGACUGUUUAUUGUCUGCCCUCGUGUUAUUUUCCCUUUAAACUGACUAACCCUGUACAAGCACCCGACUCAGUUCUUGUAUUGAUGAGAGAUGUCCUUUUUGAACAAGAUAUGCUAGCAUUUGCUGAUUGCUACACUAGAAUUUGGCUGUGGCCUCCACCUGACAACAUACAGCAUCAGUUUGUUCCUUCUGUGUGUGAAGAAUUUAUUCAAAAUUUCUGUAAUCUGUCUAUUCCUCUCCAGAGUUUGCAAGAAAAUUCUCAGUGUAACUGUUUGUUUAAAGUUCAAGGUGUGAUUUAUAGUGUGGACCAUAAAACAGCUGUCACCUGGGAAAUGUGUCCUUAUUGUGAUGAGGAACAAUUGGCCUAUAGACAGUAUAAUCAAGAAGACAAAGUGUUGGUAUGUCUAAAUUGUGAUGUCCAAGUGGAAGAAUCUGUUACCCACAUUAAUUUAGAAGUCAUCCUUCGUUGUCUUUCAUUACCUGGCCACUAUGAAGUUCGAGUAAAUCUGUUGCAGCCAACAGUUGAAUCUUUGUUGCCAAAUGAAGAUCAUAAAGAUGGAUAUGAUGUGUCAGCUGUACUUGGUCAGCAAGUUGGUCCUCUCACCUGUUUGCUAAAGAAACAAAGUACCUCCCAACAACACCCAGUGUUCUUCUUGGAAGAAAUUCAACCUGUGUAG